AUGCAAAACAUGGAAGAAGCAGGAUGGGGAAUCCGGCACCAAAAACGACACUUCCCACCCGACCAAAUCUACGAAGAAACCGUCGAACUAGGUCUUUCCGGCGAGAAGCUCUACCGCAAGAUCGUACUAUGGAAGUCCGGAGUAUCGCCUGGACAGUACUGGGUGAAUGACUAUAUGUUACAAACAGGGCCAGGCGUAAUUUUCGCCAUGGAUAGCUUCCGGCCUGACUCCGCAUAUUGGGCGCAAAUUGCGCAGGCCGUUUAUCAGGAUGAGCACUUCUUGGAGGACCUGAAGUAUGUCUUCCAGUACAAUAUUAUUAAUCCUGAGACUAUGCUGUUUGUGCAGAAGAGUCUCUAUGUCGCAGCGAACGGUCUUGUUUGGCCAGAUGAUAGACUUCAUGUCUGGGAGGAGAACACCGCUGAGUAUCAGGCUCUACUGGGUACAAGGCUCGCCAAGGGUGUCGCGUAUUUGGUUCUAGCGGCUUUCCCGCGAGGAACGAGACGUAUUGCGAGGAUCGUGACUUGGGGAGGUCGUUAUAUACCCUACGUACAGAUGCGGUUUGAUAUUGAGAAGGUUUGA